AAUUUCGUUUCUUCUUCCUCUCUUCUCACCAUGUCCGCCGGCGCCCACCGGAAGGCUUCUCACCGGCGUAAUUUGGCCGUGUUUUGCCAUGAAAUCGCCAUUACUUGAUUUAUCUCUUCCUCCUCUACAAAACCCCUCAGAUAAAUUUCAGAUUCACAUAGAUUUAUGAAACCCCACCCGCCAGUGUUCUUACUUUCCAGCCACCAAUGGUCACACGUUGAGAAACUGGACUGACCAUUUUCUUCCCCUUGACAUCGGCAACAAACCCCUAACUUUAUUUUAUGAUCGAAGAACUUUUAUCGGCAACCACAAUAUUGAAAAUCGUUUCCGCCGUGUCGGAAUUUGGUAUCCACAAUCACUUCCAUUUCUCAUUGCUCACCAUCAUCCACCGAUGGGUCCCUCUGCCUUCGUUUUCUCUCCCUCUGUCUGUGACUACUCUCAAUCAUGUCUCAAAAUGAAGAAACAAAAAUAUUGUCAAAUAUAAUUAAUUAAAAUUUAAAAGUAUUGUGAUUUUGAGAAAUGACAAGAGACAGAUGCAAGUGGUUAUGGAGGAGCAGUGGUUAUGGAGGUGGAAGACUUCUCCUGGGUUGAAACGAAACGAAUGGAGAAAGAAAAUAAAGAAAAAAAAUCAAGUGCCGAUGGCCUACCAUAAGGUUUGGUGUGUCUAUAAAUCCAACUGUUAAAAUAAUGUUGUGCACGGUGAAAGACAUUCUUUGCUAUUUCAUAAUAGACAAAGCCCACCAAACUGGUGAUAACCCUAAACUGAAAACCUAGCCAAGCCGCGCAGCUCUGUCUCUGGUUUGGUUUGGUUCCAUUCUCACACUCUCUGAUCUGACAACUUUUUUUUUUGGUCUUCAGUUCUGGUUAGAUUUUGUGUGACCUCAAUUGUACUUGGAAAAAAGCAAAGUACUAAACUGGUGAUUGAAACUGAAAUCCUAAACUAAAGGUCUCAUUCACUCUCUGAUCCGACAAUUUCUUUCACGAUGCAGAGGUUGAUAGCGUUUGGAACAAGACAUGGCAGGAACUACAUCAGCGGUUCUUCUUUAUCAUCAUCCUCCUCUUCACAAAAAAAGGUCUUUUUCUCUAACUUUAAUUUAAUACCAUGUCAGUUAUCAUCAUGUAAUUCAGAUUCCAAAGAUGAUUUCCAUAUAGUGAUGAAUAUUCUUAGUAAUUCUGCUCCCAGUAGGGGUGGCCACCAAAUUUAUUCAGCUCUUGAUGCUGCCCUUGACGACGUCACCAAUUUAGAUAAACACUUUGUACUCAAAGUUAUUGAAACCUCUUGUCAAACUAAAUUACUUCAUACCCCAAGGGUUCCACCUUCUGAUCUUAUCCGCUAUUUAAAGUUAGUUUGGAAGAAUAACAAGGACCUCAUCACUACCUCUGUUGUUCAAUCCCUUGUUUCAUCAAUAUGCUGCUCUACCUCUCCCACACAACGUCCAACAAAGAAUGAUCUACUUUUUCUCUGGGACUUUCUCAACCAUAUUGCCCGCUAUCACCCACCCGGUCUUCUUAAUGCUCCGAUUCUCAAUACACUCAUACAAUCCCUCGGAGGAGAAGGAAAGGCUGCACUUGACGUUUUCAAUAAAUUUCAGGUCUUUCAUUGUGUUCCAAAUCAUGAUACAUAUUACUUUACACUGCAAGCUCUUUUGAAUACUAGUACUUGUAGUCCUGAUAUGAUCCACCAAGCUGCUUCUAUCUGUCAAAACAUGAUGCUGCUCCUUCCUCCUCAUGAUCAUCAUCAUGGUGGCUCUUCUCAUGAUCAAGAAUACACCCAACCUUCUCCUCCUCCUCCUCCUCCUCCUAGUCCUGAUGAUGAUGACAACGACAUUGACUUCCAGACUGCGCUGACAUUUCUCGGUGGUAUUCCUAGACCAUAUCUCAAAGACCGUGUGUGUGCAAAUCUUAAUUUAAUAGAUUUUAACCCUCUGCGUCAACAGCUGCACCACUUUGUACUCAAAACUAUUGAAACCUCUUCUCAAACUAAAUUAAUUGAAACCCGAAAGGUUUCGCCUCAUAAUCUUAUCCACUUUGUAAAGUGGGCUUGGAGGAGGAGGAGUAACAAUAAUAAAGAUCUCAUCACUACCCAUGUUCUGGAAUCUCUUGUUUCGGCAGUAGUACGUGGAAAUGUUCAUCUAAGGAAGAACGACAUACUUUUUCUGUGGGACUUGCUUAAGCAUAUUGGCCACUGUCAGACUGGCCUUCUUAACACCCAAAUUCUCAAUCAACUCCUAUAUGACAAUCAAUUGAAAUUUGACCAUGGAAAGACCGCACUCGAAAUUUUUCAUAAAUUUGAGGUAUUUCAAUGUGUGCCGAGUCGAGAUACGUAUACUCUUACACUGGAAGCUCUUUUGGCCACAAGGCUUAUUAUGUCCCACCAAGCCGCUUCUAUCUGUCAAAAGAUGCUGCUUCAUCCAGAAACCCUCCUUCUUGAUGACGCUCCGGUUCUUAUUGCCUUGAUAUCUUGGUUUGCUCAAAACAAUAUGACUAAAGAAGCCUAUGCUCUCUACCUGGCUGCAAAAGAGAAACCUAAAACAAACCCUAACUGGCCGCUAUGGAUAGAUAGAUCGUUUCUACUUUUAACUAUCACAGUACUUUGUUCAAAAAAAGAAACUGUAUAUCUGGCUUUCGAGAUGUUCAAUGAUAUCCCUGAGUUGGUGGAGGAUCGGGACUUACGUUUUAAAAAUGAAAUGUUUAGGCUUGUUGUCCGAGCCUUGUGUGGGUUUAAAGAAUUCGAUGCAGUCAAGCAGUUGAUCCUUAAAAUCGUUGUAGACACAAGUCAAGAACAUCUUUUAAUAUCUGCUAUCAGUACACUUAUUCCUGCCCUUGUUAACGCUGGGGAAAUCAUACAGGCUUUGGAGAUGCUGAUGCUAGUGGAAAGUAAAGGUUUAUACUUUUGUAAUCAUCAUAUGUUUCGUUUUUGGUAUUCAAAUGAUAUGCUACAUAUUAGGAAGAUCUUGGAAGAAGCCAAAAAGAAGGAUUCUAAGUUAACCGUUGCUCUGCUGUACCAUGCACUCAUUGUUGGAUAUUGCAAGCUACAGCAAUUUGACCGUGCUCUCAAGUUAUUGACUGAAAUGAAGGAUUUUGGUGUCUUGUACACUAAUCUUGAUGAAUAUCACAAGUUGAUCCACUCUUUUUGCUUGAUGGAUAUGGAGUGGAAAUUGGCAAUAGAGCAGCUAGAGGAAAUGGAGCCUAUGGAUAGGGAAAUGGUAGAAGAUGAGCUACAUACAAUGGCCACUAUGGAUAGGCAAAUGGUAGAAGAGCGGCUAGAGGAAAUGUCAGAAGAGCAGCUAGAGGAAGUUAGAAUUUCAAUGCAAAAAUAUUUGAGUUGAGAAAGUAUUAGGAAAAAAUGGUUAGGAGUCUGAUGAAAUGGUUACAUUUUUAUUUUUUAUUUUUUAAAUAUUAUUUAUAUUGAAUUCUGUCUAAGUUGGCUAUGCAUAACUAUUAACUGGUAGUAUGUCACUGUCUUUUUUAUUUUUUAUGAGUUUAAAAAUCAAAUUGGUUUUCA